AUGUCUAUCCAAGAAGGAGCCACUUACACCCUCAUCAAUGUCAAGAGUCAAACCGCUCUUGACCUCUCUGGUGGUGACGGCAAAUCUAUCAUCGGCUUUGGAUUUCAUGGACAAGGCAACCAGCAGUGGGUUCUCUCCAAAGGUAGCUCUGGAGGUUGGGUCUUCCGCUCGGUAGCCACAGGAAAGUACCUCGACAUCGAGGGGGCUGCUGGAGACGGCACCCCUGUUAUCGCCUCCAACUGCUCUCGAGAAUGGGACAUCUGGCCUGAUGAGGAGAACAGCAAUGCUUUCAGGGUGUUCAUCCCAGGCACUUCCUUUAACGUCGACAUGUCCGACCACGGGAACUCAACUCCCGGCACGCCCGUCACCCUGUGGGGAAAGUGGAAGGGCAUCAAUCAAACUUGGGAGUUCAAGCGUGGUAAGUACUCCGCUCGAACCGAUCGUCUAUCUGCCCCAUGA